AUGGUUCACAACGGCUCUCAAUCCCACUUGGGGAUCCAGCCAGAGACUACCCAACACCCUAUUGAGAUGGGUGAGGACAAGACUGCUCGGGAUAUCUCCCAUGUCGAGCAGGUGUUGUCCCACGAUGACUUGAAGAAGGAGGAUAUGGAUCUGUCACGAGUGGACAAGGAGGUCCAAAUGUACGCCAGCAGUGGCGUACAUGUCAGCCCUGAAGACGACAAGCGCCUCAAGAAGAUGAUUGACCGUCGUGUCCUAGUCAUCAUGAUCUUGACCUACUUCCUGCAGGCCCUUGACAAGGGUACCAUGAGUUUCUCCUCCAUCAUGGGUAUCAAGACCGAUGCUCAUCUCGAGGAUGGACAGAAGUACUCCUGGCUCACCACCUGUAUCUACAUCGCCGUCCUGACCGUCGAAUACCCCACCAAUUGGAUCAUCCAACGCGUCCCCAUCGCCAAAUACCUCGGCAUCAACAUUUGCCUCUGGGGUACCAUCCUGGCCCUCCACGCUGCCUGCCACAACUUCACCGGCCUGGUGAUUGUCCGUACCUUACUGGGUAUCUUCGAAGCCUGCUGUCAGCCUACCUUCGUCCUACUAUCUUCCAUGUGGUACAAGCGUGAAGAACAAGCCGCAACCGUUACCUACUGGUACAUGAUGAACGGCGCUCAACAGAUUGUCGGCGGUCUGCUGGCCUACUGUUUCACCCUCAUUGGCAGUGACAAGGUCCUCAAGUCCUGGCAGGCACUGUUCCUCUCGUACGGAUGUCUGUCCGUCCUGUGGGGACUGUUCGUCAUGUGGUGGAUGCCCGACUCGCCCAUGCGAGCCAAGUGCUUCAGCGAGGAAGACAAGCGGAUGAUGGUCGAGCGUCUGCGUUCCAACCAGACCGGUAUCCAGAACAGACAGUUCCGCUCGUACCAGGUGUGGGAGGCUCUUCGUGAUCCUCAGACUUGGUGCUACUGCAGUAUCCAGAUGUUCACUACCCUGCCUACCAGUGGUCUGGGUGCUUUUGCUGGUAUUAUCAUGAAGAGUUUCAAGUUUACCACCCUGCAGAGUCAGCUUUUGGCCAUGGUGUUGGGUUUCUACAUUAUUGUCAUUCUGCUCACUUCGGCUUGGUUGGUGAAGAAGUAUAAGCAGAACUUGCUGGUUAUGCUGGGUUUCGUUAUUCCCUCCUACAUCGGCACCAUCGUCCUGAUGACCGUCAAGAACACCACCCUAGCCACCAAGGUCGGCCUCCUGAUCAGCUACUACAUCACCCUGUCCUUCUGGUCCGCACAAACCCUCUGCCUGUCCAUGGUCUCCCGCAACAUCGCCGGCCAAACCAAAAAGUCCACCGUCGUCGCCGCAACAUUCAUUUCCUGGGCCGCCGGAAACGCCAUUGGCCCACAAGUCUUCUUAGACUGGGACGCACCCCGGUACCACAUUGCCUGGAGUGUCCACCUUGCGUGCUACGCCUGCAUGACCGUGGCAGUCAUCUACCUCCGCUUCCACCUGAAGCGCGCCAACAAGCGCAAGGAUGAGCUCGUGGCUGCGGCGGAUUUGACCUCUGCCGAUCCCAAUCUGAUUCACGCCUUUGAGGAUAAGACUGAUCAGGAGAACUUGAACUUCCGAUAUGUGUACUAG